AAAAAACCCACAAAAACAAUCCUACCAUAUAUAAAGAACUUUGCGCCGCUUAACGCCCUGUGGCUUCUGUUUGCACCUUGUGUAUUCCUUUCUUUUCUCUCAACGAAACAAGCAAAAAGAAGCCUUUGAUUUCUUCCAAAACCCAACCGAGAAAACAACCGUGAGUGAAAGUUGGAGUCUCCAAUGGAGUGGGUUCGAGGGGAUACGAUUGGACGUGGAAGUUUUGGCACCGUCAAUUUGGUGGUACCUAAAGAAGGCUUUUCAAAAUCUCCUGUAAUGGCUGUCAAGUCUUGUGAAACUAUCGACUCUGUUUCUCUCAAGAACGAAAAGGAAGUGCUUGAUCAAAUUGGUUUUUGCCCGCAAAUCAUCCGUUGUUUUGGCGAUGAUUAUACCAUUGAGAACUGUGGGAGAUUGUAUAAUUUGUUCUUUGAGUACGCUAGUAAAGGAAGCUUGGCUGACCAGGUUAAGAAAAACGGUGGAAACUUAAUAGAAUCCGAUGUUAGAAGAUAUACGAGAUCGAUACUUAAAGGGCUACGCUUUCUUCAUGCCAAAGGGUUUACUCACUGUGAUAUUAAACUUCAAAAUAUUCUUUUGUUUGGUAAUGAGGAUGUCAAGAUAGCUGAUUUUGGAUUGGCAAAGAGAAACGGGCAAGAAGGGAGAGAAGAACAGAGGAGGAUGGAAAUCAGGGGAACUCCUCUCAAUAUCGCACCAGAAUCGGUUAACGAAAACGAGUAUGAUUCACCGGUGGAUAUCUGGGCACUUGGAUGCGCUGUUGUUGAGAUGUUCACCGGGAAACCAGCCUGGAAUUUCAAACCCGGAGCAAGCGUGGCGGCUUUGUUGAUUAAAAUUGGGCGUAGUGAUGAAUUGCCUGCAAUUCCUGCAAAGUUAUCUGAGGAAGGAAAAGAUUUUCUUGGAAAGUGCUUUGUUAAGGAUCCAAAGAGUAGAUGGACUGCUGAGAUGCUCCUGAAUCAUCCUUUUAUGGCUGGUGAUGAUGACACAAUUGCAAUGAAUCGAUGUGAAGAGGAAGAAUCAACAUCUUCAAGAUGUUCUUUUGAAGAAUUUUCAGUAUCUCCUAGAUGUCCUUUCGAUUUUUCAGUUUGGGUUUCAACUCAAUCAACAGCUUCUUCUCAAUCAAUUUCCCAAGACAAUUCAAGCCUUAUUUCUUCGUUUUCAAGUUACGUUUCAUCGCCUUUGGAUCGGAUUCGUCAAUUGGCUUGUGAUCAGGCACCCAAUUGGUCAGUUUUCGGGACCUGGAUCACCUUGAGGUAGAAGAAGAGAAAAGUUGUUUACUUGCCUUCAUCAAUUCCGGCGGCUCUGGUCCAAUUCGUUUUCAUUUUUUGGUAGCAAUUGGUGAUGAUUUUUUUUACUGUAUAAAUGAUUAGGAAAACAUAGCGAGGCUGACUUUUAUGCCGAUGAAGAGUUCUUAUUGGCUACUCUCAGGUAGCCACAGUGUAUAAAGGCCAUCUUUUAUUUUAACUUCGAUUGAAAUAAAAAAAAAAUUUUCCAAUUCAUUUGAUAAAUCUUCAACUCAGCAUUUGCGGGAAAUUAAACCGGAGUUGUUAAGAAUUUGUUGGUCGGUAAUUGUUCAUCUAACGUUGAGAGUUAAAUAUUCAGUCUAGUUUACCAAUCCGUGUGUUGUAUUCUCAAAUUCUAACAUUGACUUUGACCCUCGAGUAUAGAUUAAAUCCGAACUUAGACUUCUUAAUUUCUCAGUAAAUUACUCUCUUUGAACUGAAUUCACUUGUGAAACUUGUGCUUGUUGUCCUGUGUAGCUGAUUGUUAAUUUUGUCCAAGCUCCAAAACCGAGUAGACUGCAC